AUGGCCGCCAAUGCUCUCGUCGACUCGCUGAAGAGCGCUAACCUCCUCCCUUCGGCCAUUAUUUCAGAGUCUUUCACUCCAGCCCUGGACCUCAGCGUCAAGUUCUCCUCCGGACUCGCUCCACAACAUGGAAGUCUCGCUCGCGUGAGCCAGGUCAAGGAGCAACCCAUCAUCUCCAUCUCCUCUCCACCAACAUCUUCCGCCACUACCUACACCUUCAUGAUGAUUGACCCAGACGCGCCUACACCAGAUGACCCGAAGUUUGGUUACUGGCGCCACUGGGUUGUUGCUUCCAUUCCUUCUCCAUCAGCGACCACGUCUCCAGACGACAUCACGACAAGAGGCACGACACUGACGCAGUAUCUGGCACCUGGACCAAAGGACGAGAGUGGGCCGCAUCGGUACCUGUUCCUCCUUUUUGAGGAAAAGGCGGGAGGGAGCUUGGAGAAGGCGGAUGUUGGAGGGGAAGAGUUUGUAGAGAGGAGGAGUUUCAGAGCCGAGGAAUUGGCAGCGAAGAAGGGAUUGAAGUUAGUUGGAGUACAGUGGAUGAGGGGAGUUGGUGAUGGGUGGAAGGGAGAGAAAGACGAGUUGUAG